UAAAUAACAAGUGAGCCCAAAAAUCCAGCUAAAACAGCAGACCUGCUCGAUAAUGGCAAUCUCAGUGUCCUCAAGCAUUUGUCCGUCACAGACAUUUAACUCUGCCAACAUAUUCCGGAGAAUUUCAAUUACUUCAAACGACAUAACCGUGCUUUCAAAGUUACGCCCCCUAAGCAUAGAAGCCAUAACAUCGCAUUCAAAGACACACCUAUAUAGCAGAAAAAGACGCCACCCCAUAAAUUCUGGUUGGCAGAUUAUUUGUUUUGGCUUACAGAGUCAACCGUCGGCAAAAAAUGGUUUUCUGCCUCUGAAGUCAAGAACAAGAGAAGCUUUUUCUAUUUGCAGAUUUAGAGGUACAGGGAUUGGUCGAAGAUUGCUCUUUGGAGGUGCAGCUUUUUUGUUAGGGGGGUUCCUCAUGGCAGGAGAGAGAAGCUCCUUUUCGGCUAUUGCCAGAAUAAAGAAGUCUGAAAUUGAGGAGGUAUUAAAGAAUGUAGAUUGGCCAGAGCAGUUUCCUUUCAAGAAAGAAGGCUUUGAACGUUCUGAUGAGUCACCUGAUCAAACUUUUUAUUCCACUCCACGAUUUGUUACACACAUUGACGAUCCUGCAAUUAAUGCUAUUACACAAUUUUAUGCUUCUGUUUUCCCUGCUAGCGACACUGCUGGUGUUACCUUGCUUGAUAUGUGCAGCAGUUGGGUUAGUCAUUAUCCAAAGGGCUACAAGCAAGAAAGAAUUGUUGGUAUGGGCAUGAAUGAAGAUGAGUUGAAACGCAAUCCAGUUUUGACUGAAUAUCUGGUACAAGAUUUGAACGUGGAUCCUAGGCUACCUUUUGAAGACAAUACUUUCGAUGUCAUUACAAAUGUGGUAAGUGUUGACUACCUUAAAAAACCACUUGAUGUCUUUAAAGAGAUGAGACGAAUUCUUAAGCCUGGAGGACUUGCGGUUAUGAGCUUUUCCAACCGUUGCUUUUGGACAAAGGCAAUCUCCAUUUGGACUUCAACUGGAGAUGCAGAUCACGUAUGGAUUGUUGGUUCUUACUUUCAUUAUGCUGGCGGCUUUGAACCACCUCAAGCAUUGGACAUAUCACCAAACCCCGGGCGAACAGAUCCUAUGUAUAUAGUUUUCUCAAGAAAGUUAUCUGCAUGAUUCUAUAUCGUAUUGCAUCCUUUGAGGGACGAAUUCCACUUUUACCCAGAGAAAAUUGUAAUUUAUAUAUUUCUAUGGAUCUUUGAAAUUGAUAUUUGAAGAUUUAUCUGCAUCAAUUUUUUGGUUGAAUGAAUGAGAUUCAAUGACAUCCAUGAGACCAUAAGUCUAUGGGACAAGAGCAUCUUUGUUAAUAAUUUUUAAGUUCUUUUCAUUGUUGAUUCUUCUAUUGUGGAUCUUGAUCAAGAAGCCCACUGUUUUGUGAAAUCUUGCCUCCUCAAAUAAAUCGUUUCGAUUACCCCUUCAAA